AUGGAUAAGGAAGAAGCAUGUAUGGAGAGUGACAGGCCUUCUAUGUCACCGCCGUUGCGUUCCGCUCGGAGAAACAAACCACCGCAACCGCACCCGUCACCGUCGCCCCGCCGCAGGACGAAGAACAAGUCAAAGCCUAUCAAGAUCUUGCAGCGCUGCUCAUCGGCGCCUCUGCUUUCACGUCGAGAUAACGGCGAUGCUGACGUCGACCUUGAUGUUGACGGACACUAUUGGAAGAGUGGAGGAGGCUCGUUUUUCCGACCUAAAACGUUUUCCGACGCCUUUCUCUCUACCCCUUCUCCCUUUUCCUCUCCUCGACUUCACACUAAACAGAUAAUAAAGGGGUACGACAAAGAGGCUAAGGUGGUAGUUAAUGUGACCGUUGAGGGAAGUCCAGGGCCAGUUCAAACCAUGGUUAAACUGGGCUCCACUGUGGACGACACAAUAAAGCUUGUGGUGGAUAAAUAUAGAGAAGAAGGAAGGAGCCCCAAUAUCGAUCCGAAAAUGGCAUCUUCAUUCCAGUUGCACCACUCUCAUUUCAGUCUCCAGAAGCUUCUUAGUUGCAUUAUUUAUUUGGAAUACGACAAUUGCUUGCAAGGUUUGGAUAAAUCCGAAGUCAUUGCUGAUGCGGGUAGUAGAAAUUUUUAUCUGCGGAAGAAUAGUGAUGCUUCUAUGACUUCAUUUCAUUCGGGAAGUGCCCCCGAAUUAGUCACACGUGGGUCUACUCCAUCCAUCGCAAAUCCUCCAUUGUUGAUUCCUUCUUUCAUUGCCCGCAAGAUUAGCAAAAUUGUAAGAAGAGCUCAACGUCUUUGGAACAUUGUAGUUUGCUCCCGAUGA